AAGAACAGUUUUGUAUGUCUUCACUUUUGAUGUCUGCAGUGUUGUUUGGAUCGAUUGCAUUUUAUAUGUAUUUGCGUGGUUUGCGAUUACAACAAUACAAAGUUCACUAUUUCAGCCCGUUAAUAUUAAAUCAUUGAGUAACAUUACUAUGUGUUGAUCUGUUGACAAAUCUAGAAAAUGGGCAGGAAUUUAGUGUCGCUUUCCCCAGCCGCAGUGAGUAGAACCAGAGCUUUGAAACUGGACUUGGAUAAGCUCUAAUCAGAAACAUUAUCAGUGAAUAAACAAUUUGCCAAUGUAAUGCGAAAUACACUAAACGAGACCGCAUGUGCGGCCUUAUUGGAAAACGUAGUCUGGUUUGAUGCAGCCGCCUUAUUGAAACUGAGCAUUCUUCUUAUGAUUGACAUCAUGGUGGUGGUUGGUAACUGCCUAGUAAUCGCUGCUGUUCUCUGCUCCUCCAAGCUUCAGUUAGCUGUAACCAACAUCUUUAUUGCGUCUCUAGCUGUAGCUGAUUUGAUGGUUGGCGUUGCUGUUUUGCCAUUUUCUUCAGUCUGGGAAGUUUUCAAGGUUUGGACCUUUGGUGAUAUUUGGUGUCGGAUCUGGCUGGCCGUGGACGUGUGGAUGUGUACAGCCUCAAUUUUGAACUUAUGUGCCAUUUCCCUGGAUCGAUACGUGGCUGUUACCAGACCCAUCACUUAUCCAAGCAUAAUGUCGAAAUCCAGGGCCAAAAUGUUGGUGGCAGGCUUGUGGGUGCUAAGCUUUGUGAUAUGUUUUCCACCUUUGGUUGGGUGGAAGGACUCAAAGUCCAGCGACAACGAGUCGAACGCAACCCUUCCGGAAGACAAUCCACACUGUCCUUGGAAAUGCGAGCUGAUUAACGAGUCUGGAUACGUAGUGUACUCAGCGCUCGGCUCCUUCUACAUUCCAAUGUUUGUAAUGUUAUUUUUCUACUGGAGAAUAUAUAGGGCCGCCAUUCGAACUACCCAGGCGAUUAAUCAGGGCUUUAAAAUUACAGGUUCUCCAGGUAAUCGGUUCGAGCAGCAACGUUUAACAUUAAGGAUUCAUCGCGGCCGGGGCAAUUCCACUAAAGCCUCCUACGGCUCUCCAAAUGGAAGCAGCUACACAGCUACGACUACAAGCAGUGCAUCUCCAAGCCCCCGAAGGAGUCACGAAAGAAAACACGAGAGAGUUAAAAUUAGUGUCAGUUAUCCGUCGAAUGAAAACCUGUCUUCGGCCGCUUCAUCUCCUCAACUUAUUGCUGUCACCCCAACAUCUCCAUCCGGUCAUCCUUCAUAUGUAGUCCACUACUCUGUGAAUGGUAAAGACUCAGCAAACUCGGUAUUGUGCAACAAAUUUUCGCAGAACAACGAGAGUGGGAACCACCUGAGGGUGAAUAGAUGUAGUUCGAAUAGAUCAGUGAAUAAAAGACGAUCCAGUAGUGUGGAUAGUGGUAGGGAAAGGGCUCCUAGUCCUAGUCCAAGUGCUGGCGAUGAAAUCGGAUUGGGUGGAAAAUCCAAGCUGACCACCCGAAGAAUGGGGAAAAGAAAUAUUAAAGCUCAGGUGAAACGUUUCCGUAUGGAAACGAAAGCUGCCAAAACUCUGGGCAUAAUAGUCGGAGGAUUUAUUUGCUGCUGGCUGCCCUUCUUCACCAUGUACUUGGUGAGAGCCUUCUGUAAAAAUUGCAUCAAUCCCUUGAUGUUUUCGAUCCUCUUCUGGUUGGGAUAUUGCAACAGUGCCAUUAAUCCUCUUAUCUACGCUCUAUUCUCGAAGGACUUUCGGUUCGCCUUCAAGAGGAUUAUAUGCAGGUGCUUCUGCACCGACAAAGGAUCUCAUAAUUCUAGACGCGGAUCCGAUGGAUCUCAAUUACAGGGUCGUCAGAACAGAUCUCCAAGUUACAAUGUUCAAGUUCAAACCAAUUCGCUUGGAGAAGAAAGCGAUGCCGUUCGAGAUCAGUCUGAUUCCAGGUGACGCAUCUUUGAUAUGGAUACAGGAAAUGUGUUUCGAUUGGCCAUGAGUAUGGUGAUGGGGUGACAAAUAGAUAGCCUUGGAGGUAACAUUGUAGGAGACAGCGCUGAGUUAUAGUAAAGGAUGAAAGUCGCUUUGUGUUGCUAAAAAUCAGCGUUAUUUGUUAUAUUUGCUUGAAACGCAAAGGAAAUUCAAACGUUAAUGUGCAGUCAGACUUAGAGCAUCUUGGUGUAAAGUGAUUGGAAUCCUUCCACUAUUCUUGUCUCUUUAGCGAUAGGAGUUUUACAAGUAAAUUACUUAACGUUCAUCAUCUACUGAAAUUGCCCCAAUGAGAAACCUCAGUAUUCAAUUACUGCCUAAGUGGAAGCGAAGGUAAGUUAACGGAACAAUUAGUAAAUACUCCGACUAAUUCAAGGGAAACUAUGCCAUGCAAUUACCCUAUUGAACCAAUUGAAUCAUUUAGACUAAAAUACUAUUUUUAACUGCAAAACGCAAAGUGGUUCAGGAAUGAAAAAUGAAUACUUCAUAAUGUCUUAAGUAAAAUAAUUAUUUUUCUUUUUUAUAAACAUAUGAAGAGACUUAUCAUGCCAUGAGUGAGCGCGGCUGGCAUUGGCAAUCACUUUACACUUUGACUUAGUUUAUAGCAUUUUCCGGGGGUUUCCGAAGUGUGGAUUCCAUUUUCGCAAACUGAGUGGAAAUCAGUUAGCUGAAACGUCCAACUUCCUGGGAGCUCCUCAAUUAGAUCAUAAGGUCAGAGGGAUAGAAUACGUUUAGGUCAAUCAAACAAAAUAUGGUGCAUGAUAGUCAUUCUCAAGAUUUUUGUUUGAAAUAAUCUGUUCUACGACCCGAAUUAAAAGAUGCAUUUGCCAAGCCAAACCGCAACGGCUUAAAGUUCCAUUUGAUCUUUAUUCGAGAUCACAAAGAGCAACUGAAUGGGCUUUCUCUAAGUAUUCUCGAUCUUUUCCUAUCAAACGCCCGGCUCCGACUAUUGUGAACUGAAGAAUAACAGAUCCGAGUUGUGGAAUGUUUGAAUUGCUUUCAGAGCCAAGUUAAAUAAAGUUUGAAUUUAAUUGGAAAUCUCGAAAAUUUUGUCAGGGGUUCUUAUUGGGAAAUUUACUCUGGAAUGUGUUUGGUUUAAAGGUUCGCUCAUAUGAGCGAAGAAAACUUGUUUUUGUCAACCAAAAACCAUCUAAAAGAAAUUAAAUUUACAGAGUCAUUUACAACAAUUCUAAGGCCUACGCAACAAUGGCAACAACAGCUACAUAGCAUUAUCUCUGGCACAUAAAUUUCAAAUAUUUAAAAUAGCUUAAGGGGGUUAAUAUGAGCAAAAGCCAGGGUCACAAAGUGCCCGCAGGAUAAUGUAAGUUUGCGCAAUUCGACCCUCUUGAAACCGCAUUAGAAGUAGGAAAUCACACUAUAGAAAUGAAAAUGUGAAUUAACCAUAUUCCCGAAGGGGAGGAGUUAUAUAAAUGGGGCCAUUAGCAACAAUGGUAAUGGCAAAAACAAUAAAACACGUUUGCUUGCUGAUGUAGAAAUGUCUGGCACAUUUACAGUGGUUUCCACGUCCCUAACCGACAUAUUUUCCCGAGCAAACCUUAAGCUCAUAAUUCAUAAUUCUUCAUGUUCAAGAGUAGAUUUCCACGGAUCAUCUCACAUAAAAGCUUUAUUUUUAGAUACACUUCCUUUUAUUUGCCAGUAUUUGUUACCCAUAUAAAAGAUUCUCGGUUUGUGCGAUGCACAAUUUGCCAAGGAAUUCGAUUUAUGGUAACAAGAAGAAACAUUUCUUUUGCCGCAUACAUGAGAUAUGAAAUAUUUAUUUUAAUAGGGUAUCUCCGAUGUUGAUUUAUUCAAAUUUAUCUGUUUUUAAGUGGCAACUGCCCGACAUUAUACACCAUAUUUUCGGUUCCCUAAAGCUUUUGUUUGAAGUAUUAUUGCAUUACUCAUUUCGGAGAGGGAAAGAUUAAACGACUUAACUAUAUUUGUAGAUAGAAUAAACGUGUAAAUUUCAUGUAUACUUUAGGAUUUAAGACUCAGAUAUUAUCCAAACUAUGAUGUCAUCUAAAACAACGCACAGUCAAUAGCUGUAAUUUAAUUGUUAUUCUAGCAGGGUCUACAAAUAGUUACAAUGUAUUUACUCUGGCAUUGGAAAUUUUAUAAAAUCAACUGUUGACUGUAUAAAGUGAGAGUUUUAUAUUAGUUUUUGCCUAAUGCGAACAAUUUUCGUACUACAGAGCUGUGCCCUAAGCGUUAAAGUUAAGGAACACAUGAAUAUAAAAUGUUAACACUGAACAAGAUUAGCAUUCACAUUUGUUCUCUAUUGUUAUUGUUUUUAAGGUAUUAACUAGGUAAAAAAUCCGGCUGUGUCGUAGCCAAAUAUAAAACUAAUCUUGUAAAUACAACGCUAAAACUGUACAUAUUAUAUUAUUAGCACACAAAUAUUAUAAAAACUAGCAUACUUUUAUUUAUCGUUGAACCAAAUGAAGCAUGACUGUUUUUAUUGUUUAAAAGUUUUUUUGUAUGAUAGUUUAUCUAGCCAAGCAACACAACUUUGUAAUCUAUUUACUUUAAAUAUCAUGCAUUAAACAAUUACCUGCAAAACUCAACUUUUGCCACACGUUUUCAUUAACGACUGAACUAAUUACACAACAAUCUCUCUUUUUUAAUUUAAAUUUACAUUGAUUCAUUUUUUAGUAUUAAUUCUAUAUGAAUGUUCUCAAUGGAAACUGUAACAAUGUACUCGUAUUUCAUAGGAUAAAUGUUCAAGUAAACAUGCAGCAUAAA